UUUCUGGCUACUGUGAUGACUGCCUUCUGCACAUGCUAUCCAAGUGCUGCAGAAUUUUAGUUGCCUGCUGCAGCACAUGUUUACAGGAUCUCGUUCGCCAUGUUGUGCUCCUGCUCGCUGCUGACCGCUAUCGGUCUCCUGGCGGUCGCAGUAUUCUUUGGCAAACUGUUGUGUUUAUGUGUUUCCGGGUUCGUCACGUUUGUGUUGGCUCCGUAUCUUCCUUUAUCGGUCGAUUGGAAGAAAUACGGAAAAUGGGCAGUGGUUACGGGGGCGAGCGAUGGGAUGGGAAAGGAGUUUGCUAAGCAGCUCGCACGCAAAGGCUUCAACAUUGUACUGAUCUCGAGGAGCGCGGAUAAAUUGAAAGCCGUUGCAGCCGAGAUUGCGGAAUACAAAGUAGAGACCAAGUGUAUUCCCUUCGACUUCAGCAAAGGCGACCUGCAGGAAUUCCGCAAAUUGAAAACGCAAUUAGACGGAUUAGAAGUCGGUGUACUAGUUAACAAUGUGGGAAUUUUCUUCGACUAUCCGGAUCUCUUGCAUCAAACACCCGGAGGCGAUAAAGCAAUAAUGAACGUCUUGAACGUGGAUGUCGUGACCUUAACGCUGAUGAUGGAAAUGUGCCUGCCGCAAAUGGUCCGCAAUCGCCGCGGCGUCAUCAUCAACUUGGGAUCAUCGCUGGGUCUGCAGCCGACCGGCACGUACGCCGUGUACUCCGCCUGUAAAUCCUACUGUAUCUUCCUCACCGAAGCACUGCGCCAGGAGUAUGCCGAUAAGGGUCUGGUCAUUCAGACGGUUAUUCCGGGGAUAGUUUCGACCAAUAUGGCUAAGAAUUAUCGUGAUGCGCCAUUCCAGACGACCGCGGAUGUUUUUGUCACCGCGGUAUUGUCGCAAGUGGGAUUACGCAAAGUGACCAAUGGAUACUGGAAGCAUGCCUUAGCGACUACGUUGUACGAUUACACGCCGACAUUCUUUGCGCAUGGGAAGAUUUUCGAAGAUUCUGCACACAGAAAGAACCUGUUCCUUUCCGAACAAAACCGCAAAUCGGAUUAGUAAUUUUUCUACUAUUAGUAACCGUUUACUGGUUCUUGACGAUCAUAUCUAUAUUUAUGCUUUAUUCAUCCAAUUAUCAUUCAUGAACGCCUUUAAACGGGUAUAAAAAGCCAACUUAAAACUAAAA